AUGCUUGAUCACCAUGGUCCCGAGAGGUUUACAAAUGAUGACUGUUCCAUCAUGUGUCGACGUCCAAAAACAAGUAAAAUCUCUCUGGGUCUCAAUCGAGAAGGGCAAUUACGCGUCAUGAAAAUGUCGCGAUCACAAGGCACUGACUACCAAAUGCAUAUCUAUGCAGCCACACUGCCGCGACUACCGCGGUUGAAGAAAAGAGUGAUCUACCUAACCAAAGGCGGUAUGCAAAUUGGUCAUUCGAUGAUUGUGUAUUGGUACACAGAGGAAGGAGCUUUACCCACACAGGUUCCG